GGAGAUUAUUUUAGGCUUCGACAAUACGAGGGUGUUGAGUUUAUUGUGUUUUUUCUUGUAUUUUGCUAAAAUAGCGCUAAAUUAGCUAGAAGUCGGUUAGCGACGUAUUAGCAAAUCAUGAGGAGUCGCAAUUUGGUAUUACGAACAUGUAUCACCUGAAUAAAUGAAGUAGUAAACUAAAUUAGCAAUCAAAGAAAAUGAACACUUUCAGAGAGUAUUUUUUGAAACGUUUGUCUUAUUUGUAAGGAUGCUUUUACGUGUAACGUAUACAGGAGCCGAAGAGUGCAUCAUUUAUCCGAAAACAAACCUCAAUUGCCCCCAAACCGACUGCAAAAUUACGGAUAAAUCGAUAUUAGCGCUAAAGCAGUCAAGUGAGCUACAGUGGUUUUGUACUUGGUUCCACUUUGUAAGGAAAAACCCACAAAUAUUUGGCUCGAUAAGGUUAGGUAUUUCAGCUAUUCAAACUCAACUGUGCUAUGUAAAUGAAAAAAAUCAACAAUGUAUGUCGCUCCAGAAAUACAGCAAACAUUUCUUUUUUUGAUAAAUUCACGUUUUUCCCACUCUACCGGCGCACCUGAAUGCAGCAAAUCGCCAACCUAAUAGCUGGAUUUGGGGCGACAGAUUACAGGACGGUGGUGCUCAGCUAGCAGCUUGUUUUCAGAGUGCAGCUUUUCUAGGUUGCAGCUUUGGAGGUUUCCUUUAAUCGAGCCUACUGGGUGCAUUUUAAUUCUUUUCUCAGCUGUUAAGGUCGUCUUCUCUGCCCAGAUGUCUGCUGCUCUGAGUCUUCGUCUGCUCCACUGCUACUCAAAGCAAGGCACAUUUGGUUGUGGCCCUGGCGUCCUGCGCUCAUUCAGUGUCAGUGUGACAAGAGAGGGCUAUAAGUAUGUAAAUGCUCAGGAGCUGCCGACAGACAUGAGAUCCAUCACUGACCGGGCUGCCACAACCCUCCUUUGGACUGAGCUCUUUAGAGGUUUGGCGAUGACCAUGAGCUACCUGUUCCGCGAACCAGCUACCAUCAACUACCCGUUUGAGAAGGGCCCUCUGUCGCCACGUUUCCGUGGAGAGCACGCCCUCCGUCGCUACCCCAGCGGAGAGGAGCGCUGCAUUGCCUGUAAGCUGUGUGAGGCCAUCUGCCCCGCUCAGGCCAUUACCAUUGAAGCUGAGACUCGUGCUGAUGGCAGCAGGAGAACAACGCGCUACGACAUCGACAUGACCAAGUGCAUCUAUUGUGGUUUCUGCCAGGAAGCUUGUCCUGUUGAUGCCAUUGUUCAGGGUCCAAACUUUGAGUUCUCCACAGAGACCCAUGAGGAGCUGCUGUACAACAAGGAAAAGCUGCUCAACAAUGGAGACCAAUGGGAGGCUGAGAUAGCAGCCAACAUACAGGCAGACUACCUGUACAGAUAGACUGCAAGGAUAUGUUAUACACUGAAUUUUAUCCUCCUUAUAUGCAAUAAAGAGAUUACUUCCAGCUUUACAGAUAUUUCAGCUAAAAAGAGAAGAGUGAAGCCUUGUAUCCUUACAUUCUGCUGACAGAACUGAGGUGACAAAUACAAACGUACACAUUAUACUGUCUUGUUAUGUUACAGAGAUGGUUGAUAUUGCACUUUUUGGUCUUAAUCUUAUAAUCUACAGCCUAACAUACUGCCUGUCAUAGACUUUUUAAAGCAGCACCUUAAAGUAUGUUUUACAUAGUUUAUUAGCUAGGACAUUUGUAAAAGAGAAUAUUAUGUAAUGUUUAUUAUGAGGUCAUUUAAGAUACUGAAAUAAAUUUUUUCAAACUGUU